AAAAAUCAUAAGUUAGAACCUAUUCGUAAUCAAGAAAAACGUUAGGGUGCUUUUUAUUCCUUCAGAAACUAUUUACUAAGUCGACUAAACUCCACGGGUCAUUCAACCGCAGCUGCCGACAACCAAUCUGACCGCCGACUGAAGGAAGCCGGCAAGCUACCACGAAAGUCCGAGCGCCACCUACGUUUAAGAAAGCCGCUGCAACCUCAGACGAGACGCCGGCGAGAUUUCCGGCAGUUGAUUCCAUCCUCUUGCUCCAGCAACUGCCAGUUCAAGUUUCAACAGAUUGGAGAGAAGGCAAUGCCAGUGAGUAGUCAGUGAUUGAAUAAUAAGGUUGAGAACCUUGGGAUAAGAGAUUGCAGGCACCAUGAAGUUUCGGUAUGCUAUGGUAUGCUCGUCUAACCAGAACCGAAGCAUGGAGGCUCACUCGCUCCUCAAGAGACAGGGCUUUGAUGUGUCAUCGUAUGGGACUGGGGCUCAUGUUAAGCUUCCGGGACCUUCACUCAGAGAACCUAACGUCUAUGACUUUGGAACCCCGUACAAGCAGAUGUUUGAUGAUCUCCGCCGCAAAGAUCCAGAACUGUACAAGCGUAAUGGUAUUUUGCCUAUGCUUAAGAGAAAUUCAUCUGUGAAGCUGGCACCUCAACGUUGGCAAGAUAAUGCUCUUGAUGGUUCCUUCGAUAUUGUGUUUUCAUUUGAAGAAAAGGUCUUUGAUAUGGUUCUGGAAGAUCUCCACAACAGGGAACAGGUUCUUAUGAAAAGUGUGCUGGUGAUCAACUUGGAGGUGAAAGAUAAUCACGAGGAAGCAGCCGUAGGCGGCCGACUCACUUUAGAUCUCUGCCAAGAGAUUGAAAAAACUGAAAAUUGGGAGGAAUCCAUUGAUGACAUUGUAGCUGCAUUUGAGAAACAACAUCGACGGAAGCUGUUGUAUAGCAUCGCUUUCUAUUGAGAGAAAGUCUUUAGUGAUCAUGAGACACGUGUAAGCUACAUGCGAUGGUGAUGCUUCUAUUGAGAGACACUCUUCUGUGAUUCCGGCAUGUCAGCCACCUGCGAUUGGAUCAGUGCACGUGUUGCCGUCCUACUGACGAAUUUUACAUUCUACUGAAAAUUAUCAAAUACACUAUUGGAGUUAGUCCUUAGUUUCUCUACCGCGAAUUCCAUUCUUGAUAAUUUUAGGUGAUUCUAUUCUCUUAUUCCUCCUCAAAGGCUCUAACAUUCCCCCGUAAUAUUCAUGCUUCAAGCUUCAACUAUGGAAAGAGGACUUCUUGUUUCCAGAACGAAAUUUACAGGAUUUUGAUUUAUUUCAA